UUCCGGGGGUCAACGCCCCCGCGGCCUGGUCUGUGACCAGGCCUCCUGGUGGAUCAGAGCCUGAUCAACCAGGCUGUUGCUGCUGGCUGCACGCAAACCAACGUACGAGCCACAGCCCGGCUGGUCAGGAACCGACUUUAGGUGCUUGUCCAGUGGAUAAUGCAGUACAGUGAAAUUAUAUAACCUCUCAAGGAUGCCAAUAGAAAUAAGCAUGGCAGGAACAAUGUGGGACAUAGUAACAAUAAAGGGCAUUGUCCUUGUAGUGAUGUUUGUCAUCACCUUUGUAUGUUCGAUGCUGCCUAUUAUAUUUGUCAAACGCAUCAGGCAAACACAUGAUUCCUAUCUCAGAUCCAAAUAUCAUGUUGUGCUGAGCCUGAUGUCCUGCUCAGCUGGAGGAGUCUUCAUGGGAACAUGUCUCCUGGACCUGUUUCCAGAUGUACAGGAACAGUUGGACAUACUGAUGGAUCAAAGUUCUAUAAUGAGCUCCUUUCCCAUUGCAGAAUUCAUUAUUGUUUUUGGUUUUCUUCUUGUCUUGACAAUGGAGCAAAUUGUGUUGGACUACAAGGAAUCAAGAUUACUUAGUAGACCACCAGAAGUACAGUCCCUUCUUAGCGACCCAAGAGAGACAAGACGCAACUUACAGCAACAACACAGCCUUAGUGGAAUCUCGGACCAACCAGACCUCACCUCGUCAAUGCGGAGUGAAAAUGGUUCACUGGGUGGAUCACAUCGUGGAUAUGGAACAGUAGAUGAUCAUUGUGAACCGGACGACAGCCACAUGCACAUCCAGCUCUUUGACCACUCCAUCCAUCACGACAUCGCAUCUCACUCAUCCCUGCGCUCCCUUCUCCUCUUGUUUGCAUUAUCACUUCAUUCUAUUUUUGAAGGAAUGGCAAUUGCUCAGGACAGAUUUGAUGAUGUAGUGAGCUUAUUCCUCGUGAUGUUGAUGGCCAAAAAUGUUUUUUUGUGUAACAUCGCCCUGGGGCUAGGCAUUGGCAUGGCCAUCAUGGAGAUGCAAGCCUCCUCACCACUACAGCUAUUCUGGCACUCUCCAGGGCAUUGCCUGUGGCACAUUCCUUUAUGUUACUUCUUUGAGGUUUUACCUCAUGAGAUGAACAAUGGUGAAAACAGGUUACUCAAGUUACUCUUCAUAAUAUUUGGGUUCUCAGCUGUGUGUGGUGUACUAUAUCUAGACCCAGACAUACAGCGUCCUCGUUGCUAUCAGCCACCUACAGUUAUGCCUCACCCAUAA